AAUAUAUAUCAACGGCAAAAGGCCUUGAACUUUACCAGUCAUUGAGCCAUUCACCUUCUUUUCUUAAGCCUCGAUACCUCUGCAUGUCUGAAUUCGUCAAAGAUCGAAUCACCAACUUUGUCCUCCACCUGACUCCGGACGUCAAUCCAUAUCACGCGACAGCUGAUUAUGUCGAAAGUUUCCUUCUGCCAUGUACUCUGCCCUCUUGGUCACGUUACGUUGAGCUCGUUAUCUUGGCAGGGUUUGUAAUAAUGUUUUCCCAAGCAUCUUACAUCCUUUAUGUCCGCUCAAAAACAAAGAAGAUAUACCAUAUUGGCUUAAAUGAUAUCGGCCUCAUACAGUAUGAUCGUGCAAACCACUGUGGAUUGUUUUACUUUCUAUAUAGUAUCUUUGCCAUGACCCAAAUCGUUCUGCAGCCAUUUGUACGAAAUGGCACCCUAGACCAAGGAGGUCCAGAUUUUGUACUCGGGAUCGAGUUUACGCUGAAAAGUGGAUGCGCCGGAGUAGUAUCAUGGCUUGCUAUCUGCCAUUGUCUAUCGGUGCAAGGAUAUGUAUUUCGGCGCAGUACUCCAGUAGGACAAUUUCUCUCAACCACUGUGAAAUGGGCUAUGAACGUGUCCUCGGUAAUGAUAUAUCUCGUACCAACUGUGACAUGCAUCAUCGCAUAUUAUCAAGUUACCAUGGAAUAUCACCGCAUUCGACAAUUGGUGAUGCCCGUAGUUGACAUCCUCCGGGACGAGGCUUCUACCUGCGCCAUAGGGACAUGCACUGUGGUCCAAAUUAUUCCUCGACUGCUUUCACUCACGCGGGCAUUGCAUCAUAUCGAUCUUUUGGUACAUUGGUGUCGAAUUGGAACAAGCUCUUAUUUAUUCUUUGAUGGAUGCAUUAUUGUUAUUUACAUUCCGCUCCUAUAUCGAUUGUACCAAAGCUUCAAGGCUCAAAGAAGACUGUUUCGAGGAUCACAACGACAACAAGACAGAAUUUUUGCAAACACCUUGAUUGAGUUUGCAAUCAUAUUGAUCACUUUUGUUUUAUGUGUCUUUUCAAUGUCUUUAAUCAAACAGGGCGAGUUCCUCUAUAAUCCAAGCUAUUAUCUUAUCCUACGUGUUGGUGUGCAUGGUGUUCUUGCAACCUUAGGAAACAUCGCUUUGUUCUUGAUCAUAUGCAGUUACCGUGAAACAGAUAUAGCACCUCCCAAAGUUCAUAUUCCAAAUUUGCCGUCCUUACCAGCUGCAGGAUUUUCAAAGUGUGAUCAAAAUGUCUCACCAUCAUGCUAUCCAUAUUUAUAAACUCCACUUUUUGAUUUCAGCCCGCCAGAGUCUGAUCAUUGUACAGUCCCCUCUAAGUGGUUUAUGUGGCCAGUCAAGGGCUUGGGCAGUACCUGGGUAUUUUUUAUCUACAUCUACAAUCACUUCUUUGCCUGAUACUCAACUUCAUCUUCUUCACUCAAUAUGUUCAAACAUUUCUGAUGAGUAAACUGAGAUUGUGUUCAAUUCAUUGAAAUUGCACAAGCAGUCAUAUAUAGUCUGACUGACUUGCUUUCAUUUCU